AUGGCUGAUCGAUCAAGAGGUCCUGCAUUUGCAUUGUUUGUAUCGGUUUUGAUGGUCGUUACCGGAUCACUCAAUACAAUUUGUGCCAAAUGGGCUGAUAGCCUGAAGCCUCCAGGAGAAAGCGUCAAAUUUAAUCAUCCAUUUUUGCAGGCAACAUGUAUGUUCUUUGGCGAAUUCCUUUGCUUGGUUGUGUUCUUUCUGAUCUACGCAUUUCAACGAUACCAAUGGAAUCGCACAAAUAUUACAGGCGAACACGGAGCAAUCACGGAUCUAUCAGAAGAACCAACUCUUCCCCAAUUCAAUCCUCUCGUUUUUCUUCCACCUGCUUGUUGUGAUAUCAUCGCAACAUCUCUCAUGUACAUUGGACUCAACCUAACGACCGCCUCUUCAUUUCAAAUGUUACGAGGAGCUGUCAUUAUCUUUACGGGACUUCUCUCAGUUGGCAUGCUUCGUUAUCGAUUUCAACCAUUCAAAUGGUUCGGCAUGCUUUUUGUGACACUGGGACUUGUCGUUGUUGGAGUGACUGACAUUGUUUAUGACGACUCGACAACCGAUGACACAAAUGGGAUCAUCACCGGCAAUCUUCUCAUCAUUAUGGCUCAGAUUAUCGUCGCUAUCCAAAUGGUUUACGAGCAAAAAUAUCUCCAGCAAUACGAUGUGCCAGCUCUUUUCGCUGUCGGUCUUGAAGGUUUAUUUGGGAUGACGAUCUUGGGUGCUUUGAUGUUUCCGAUGUAUUUCAUUCACGUGCCGAACACUUUUUCGACAAAUCCUGAGGGACGUCUCGAAGAUGUUAUCUUUGCAAUGAAAGAAAUUGGGGAAUGCCCGCUAAUUGCCGUGGCUCUUGGUGGCACAAUUGUCAGCAUUGCAUUUUUCAACUUCGCCGGAGUAUCGGUCACUAAAGAGCUCUCGGCAACAACAAGAAUGGUUCUCGAUUCAGUGCGCACAUUGAUCAUUUGGAUUGUUUCAAUUCCAUUCUUUGAUGAAAAAUUCAUUCCAGUCCAGAUCCUCGGUUUUGCAUUGUUGCUUCUUGGAAUGUUUGUCUAUAACGACAUUUUCUUCGGUCCUUUCACUCGUCGUCAUAUCAUUCCACGAAUGGGAGAAGACAAUCCGUUGACCACUUGCUGCUUUAACUUCUGUGGUGCGGAUACGACAGAAAUCGAUCGUCAACAACUCAUCGAUGAAGAUGAGGCU